GAUUGGCGGAUGGGGUCAUAUGACUGGUCACGUGUUGGAGGCAGCUGUCCAAAAGAAAAUGGGGUUUGGUGUAAAUCUGGGGGUGUAAUGUUAUCAUAUAUCACGCUACCUCGUAAAACCGACACCGAAGCCUACCGGACAACAAAUCACCUCAAAAUUAUGAGUUCUUCGUAUUAUGUGAACGCUCUUUUUAGCAAAUAUACGACGGGGGCUGCUUCUCUCUUCCAAAAUGCGGAGCCUACGUCUUGCUCCUUUGCUACCAACUCCCAGAGAAGCGGCUAUGGACCAGGCGCUAGCGCAUUCACCUCCUCCAUGCCUGCCUUGUACAAUGUGAACAGUGCCAUAUAUCAAACCCCGUUCUCUUCCGGAUACAGCCUGGGCUCUGAUGCCUACAACCUGCAUUGUUCCUCUUUUGAUCAGAACAUUCCCGUCCUCUGCAAUGACUUAACCAAAUCCAGCUGUGAGAAAGCGGAGGAAAGCAACCUGCACAGCCAGGCUGAGAGUAAUUUCCGGAUAUACCCCUGGAUGAGGUCUUCAGGUCCAGAUCGGAAGAGGGGGCGUCAGACUUACACCCGGUACCAAACCCUGGAGCUGGAGAAAGAGUUCCACUUCAACCGCUACCUGACCCGCCGGCGGAGGAUAGAGAUCGCUCACGCCCUGUGCUUGACCGAGAGGCAGAUCAAAAUCUGGUUUCAGAACCGCCGCAUGAAAUGGAAGAAGGAGCAUAAGGAAGACGCCGCUGGAGGCGCCGCCGCGGCCAACGAGGGGGCCCCCGCCACAACCCCGGUGGAGAAGGUGGAGGAGGAAGAGGAGGAGGAGGAGGAAGACGCGGAAUAAAUGCCGGUGGCAGGAGGAGGGGAAGGCUCACCCGAGCCUCUUCUCGGAUGCUGCUUGCACGUGACAGCUGUAAACGCUCUCCUGAAGCUUUUUUUGGGGGGGGGUUUAAAAAAAUAAACAUAAAACUACCCUUGUUUUUUUUAAUGGCCAUUUCCACUGUAAGAGGGGCUGGGGAGAGGACAGGAGGGGUAGAUCUCUUCCAUUACCUCUCGACAUCCCCUGGAUUAUUCUCAGUCUAAAUUGCAGAGUCGCAUUCUCAGGCCAACAUCUGGGCUGGAUUGGCUUUGGGCAUCCGAGCUUGUCGUCAUUUAUGUUAACAAGUGAUAAACGACAUAGUAUUAAUAUUUUUACUGAUAUUUGUGAAAGGAAAACGAACCCAACAAUGACCUGUUCUUUGCACACGAAAGGGGUGGAAAGAGCGAGCGAGAGAGAGAGCGCGAGAGCCCCAUCUAAGUUAGCUUCCAAAUAAACUACCUGACUGCAUGGAUCCCAAAAACUCCAGAAGGGAAAAGUGCAUUAGGCUUAAUUUCAGACUACCUAAUUUUUCACUAAAGUUCUAUAUACUUC